AUGCAGGUUCAACAGAGUUUUGCCGAAUAUUAUGGCACAGAAGUACCUAUUGAUAAAACAAGUAACCAAACUAUUGCAGGUAGAGAUGGUAAUUAUUACAUUCAUAAUGCAGUAUUUUCUUUCCAUUCGAAAAACUCCGCAAUUAAACUUUGGUCAAACGACAAAGUAUUACUCGAAUCAUGCACAUUUUACAAUAACAGCUCCACAGAAGAUGGUGGAUCAAUCUGUAUCCAAGAUUCUGAAAGCGUCUUAGUUCGAAUUUGUUUAUUAUUUUCAUCAAUUAUUUCAUCAAAUUCUAAUUCUAUAGGAUGUGGAUAUUACAUUUAUUCAGAUCAGUAUAGUAAAAAGAAAAGUUAUGCAUUUGAAUGUUCAGUUUCACAAUGCAGUGGAAAAAGUGCUUCUCUUUAUCAUUAUGGAGGAUAUAUCCAAGUAAGUCAUAUGAAUACAUCUUAUCAUGAAAUUGGUUCAGAUGCUAGAUAUUAUAUUAUUGAUCCAACAGAAAGAGGAAAUAUUAAUUUCACAACAGCAUCAAAUUCAUCUUCUAUUUCAGAAGUAUUUUCCACAUCUAAUUUUAAUUUUACAAAAUGUAAUUAUUUAAACAACGAAUGCAAAGGAAGUGAUGAUACAAUAAUUCUCAACUAUAAUGCAGAUAUAUAUUCAAAUUGUUCAUUCAUCGGAAACAAAGGACCCUAUUUAUUUUUAAAUAAACCACAAGCUGUUGAUAAUUGUUACUUUGAUAACGAAGGUGUUACUGUUCAAACUGUACAAAAUGAUAAUUCAGCAUCUUUUGAAUCAAUCUCACCAUUCGAUUCAUUACUAUCCCAUUAUACAACAGGCGAUUGCUCUGCUACAUAUUUUUAUAAAACAAUUAGUGGAGAAUUUCUGUCUUUAAAGAAACGAAAAAUAAGAUAUGUUAGUCGAAGACGUUGA